AUGGAGAGAUCCGCUGAUUCAGAACAAAUCCCAACGCAACAGUUUGGACGAACGUCAGGAAGAUACCUCUCCUCGUUUCGAUUGACUCUGGCCAACGUAUCGGAGACGGAAUGGCAGAAAAACUCCUCCCCGAUGCCGAUGACGUCGCUGAGCUUAGAGACAAGCAUCAGCGAAGUGUUCAUUGUCUUCAAGAACGCGUCAAAGACAGUGGAGACUUCGAGCGCUGUGCCCGUGACGGCGGCUCCCACAACCGCAAUGAGUCUUUUGGGUGACGAGUUUCAGAUCGAGGCUGAGGACUUGUGUGAGACAGACACCGACAUGGAAAUCUUGCUCACGAUCUUGAUCACAUCCGCACCCACUCACCAGGUACAGCGGAACACAAUCCGCCAGACCUGGGGCCAUUUCGCGAUGCGACGUGACAUACGGAUAGCUUUCGUCGUCGGCGUGUCCGGGAAUCAAAAGGUGGAGGACCAAAUAGCAGAGGAAAGCCGGCUCUUCCGGGACAUCAUCCAGAUAUCCCUAGUGGACAACUACUUCAAUCUCACGUCAAAAGUACGCUCCAUGCUGCGCUGGACGUCGGUGCACUGCAGCAACACGCAGUUCCUGCUGAAGACAGACGACGACAUGUUCAUCAACAUCCCCGUCCUCUUGGACUUCCUGCGCAGUCGUGCCAAUAUUUCGAAUGUGAUAUACGGUCGGAUCGCGACCAAGUGGAAGCCGGCGCGGAGCAAGAAGUCCAAGUGGUUCGUGUCCAAGGGGGAGUGGGAGUCGAAAUUUUACCCGAACUUUGUGACCGGGCCAGCCUACUUGAUGACGUUCGACUGCGUGACCAAGUUGCUUGCAGCUGCUGAGGGGGUUCCACUACUCAAGUUGGAAGACGUGUUCACCACUGGCAUUCUGGCGGAGAAGGCGGGCAUUCGCAGGGAAGGGGUGAAAAAGUUCUCCAACAUACGGCCGAAGAUCAACAACACGUGUGCGCUAUCCAAGUUGAUCAGCGCGCAUGACAUCAAGUCGAGCGAGAUGUUCGAUAUCUGGAGGCGGCUGCAGGACCCAGGCAGGAAGCCCUGCAAGGGUUGAUUCACGCUUUCCAUGCCCCCCACCCCCGCUUCUUCGUGUGUGCCACUCAUUGAUGGUGGAGAUGGAAACCUGGAGGCACAGUUUAUCGGUAAAUGUUCGUCGGGACGCUUUAUUGUGUGUGUAACGCACGGCGCGGUUACCGACGCUACGAAUUUUUCUACGUUUUCACGUGAGAAGUCGAGUGAGAGUCCUUUUUUGUUUUUUUUUGUUAAUGUAUAUGUUUUUCGACGUGGCUUCUGCCUCUUCAGAAGGCCUCAGAAGUCAACCGGAUUCGGAAAAGAAUCGGC